CACGUUCACACUCACGCUCACGUCAGGUGUGUACCAGGUAUGAGAUGAGACGAACCUAAAGGGUGUGACUCCUCGGUUGCCUAAGGCAAGCCCCCUCUCUGCUAUAUCUUCAGCUUCACACUGCCCUGCCCUCCCUCCUUUCUUCAUCAUCAUCUUCUUCAUUUCCAGUGUGAUUCUGUUGUGUCCCAAGAGCUCCAACUUGCCUAGCACAUUAGCACACCGCCCACCAAAAGCAUCCUAGGCUGACUUACAAAGUAUCUGAGCCCAAAUGGCCCCCGGCCUGGGAGAAAUUGUGUCCUUGUACACGCAAAAUGGGCCUUGCUAUGACUGGCAGCCAAAUCGAGACGCCGCAUUACUGGAGAGAUAUGGCAACAACAAGAUGCUACCCCCACAUCAUAAAUUCGACACAUGCGAACAAGCCCUAGUUAUUCUGGGCCAGAGCAUUAAGCAUAGCGCCCACGUCGAAAUCAAAGCAGCGAAUAAGCUCCGGGGACUCGCCCUUCAGGCACAAUUUGUCAGAAAGGCCGAUUCAAAACCCGGCGCCACGACCAGAUACAUGGCGUUCAUCCGUGUCCCCACCGACUUCUAUACACAGUUUCCGUUCCUCAAAGCGAGGGCUGAAGUACCCGAGUCUUCUGCCAAGCACAAUGGUUUGGUCACAGGGCGAGCGUCCAUCGACGUCUGCUUUGAGCCUUUCAAGGCCCAUGGUCCAGAGCAAGAGGACAGCCGUAUUUUUUGGCCAGGAGUCGUCUACCGGCACCGCGACGUCCGUUCUGAGGGCCCAACUGGGAUUGGCUACCUGGUAUUACAGGUUGACCGGGCUACUUCUCACAAGGCAGCGAGCACGGAGUCGAAAGUGUCACCAUCAAAUACCUACACUGUGUACAAAGCACAAGGACAGGCUUUCGAGACCAUCUAUCUUCGCAAACACCCGGUUCCACAUACUGCGAAGACGAUAGUGAUGGGUUUACACCAGCUCUUUAGCCCAGCUGUCAGGGCAGAGCUUGAAGGUCUUGUGCCAGACGAACAGCCUCCACUGUUCCCCCAUAGCGGAGUUUAUGGUCACAAGUACAAAAUAGGGGCUUGGAAGUUACCCCCGUCUCCCCCAGGAGGUCCUGCACAACAGUACCCGGCUAUUCUUGGACUGCAGGUCGGACAAUCCCCGACAGCAGACCAUGUUCGAUCUGCCAUGCUGCGAGCCUACAUCAUGGGCCAAGAUCCGGCGAAGAUUCUCUCCUGCGUGAUAGGAUACCUCAGCGAAUCCGAAGUGACUCGUCUCCAAGAAGCGUUUGGAGCAGUCGAUAAGCAGGCUUUACAGAGCUUCAACAUCUUCAGCGCAUGCAGACAUCCAGAACUACGGGACACCAUUCUCCGCUCAACGCCUCACGACCAGAGCUCAGCCAGCCUUCCACCUCUCCCACCCUCAUACAUGGGCAUGAUUACUUUUGUUGGCAGUAGAUCACAAAAACAUGUCACUGCAACCACUUUGCUCAUGCUAGCAUCUUUGGGUCCGGUAUUCGCGACGGCUUCGAGCAAUUUCGUAGCUAAUCGGUUCGCCGAGGGCUUACAACACGAGUCAGGAAAGGUCAUGGAGCAAUUAAACAGCCUACAAGGGGGCAGCAGGCCCAAAGUCCGGUCUCCUCUAGUCGUCAGAGGGUUUGCUGUUGAGCUUGAGCUUCUUGAAUUCAUGGAGCUUGUCAAGGCGAGAUGGAGACGGAAGACCGGCAUAUCCCCCCAUGUCGCUGCCGGCGCGUGGCAGAAGUCGCUGUCACUCUGCGAGUGGCUCUUCAAAGUCACCAAGAUCCUGAAUGAUGAUCUCAAGGACACGGAUCACGCGGCGCUUUUCACACUACGCGAGGCCAUUCAAAAGACGGACUUCUAUCGACCGCUCAGAACUUUCCUCGUACGUCAUCACGCCUGGCCCGCCGAACAGGCCGCAACACGUUCGUCAACGUCGACCCCACUGAGUAGUCCUGGAAAUGUCGGCUUGGAUGACGACGUCUCCAAGGUUCUGAAAGAGGCAUGUGUCUUUCUAGUGAACCACUGCUCCAGCCUAUGCACAACGCCAACAAAGUCUCACAAGCCGCUGUACCGCGACUUCAAGGCAUCUGCCAAAGCCAUCGCGAUUGUGGACGCAGACAACGUGACGCGUCCCGAGGCGGUGUUGGUGAUCGGCGACAAGAUGCGGCCCUGUGUGAUGGGUGGAUUCACGCCUGACAUGUACCCGAGGCCGAACAUGGCAUUUCCUCCGCCGCAGAACCCUCUGUAUGCGGACAUGAACCUGUCCCUGCUGGCCGCGCACCAAGAAAAUGGCUUCUUUUACAUAAGCUGCUGAGUCAAGAGCUUGUGUCUCUCAAAUGCGUGGUGCAGUUGUCUCGGGCAGUGACGAUACAAGGUGGUGUCCAAGUCGAACGAUGAUUUUGCUUUACUAGAGUCGCUAGCAGGAAUUAUGGUUUCAGUCAUUUCGAGAAGCUCUUUCUAUCCAUUCAAGAUAUAGAUGAGGGCGAGAGGCGGGCACUCCGAGAGUUUGGCAUGCAGUGGAUAAGCUCCCUAUCAUGUGUACAGUGGUCAGAACGGCAGGGUUCGGAAUCUCAAGGGCCUGUAGUUUGCCAUGAUGAGAAUAAUUGAAUGUGGC